AGGACACAUGAAAACAUGCAAGGUGGCCCUGGGUGGAGUCAGCCUUCAGCAGCAGCUCCAGCCUCUCUCCCUCUCUCUCACACACACAGAGUCCUUGAGCUCGGUAUCUCCAUUGUCCUCCAGCUUUCCAGCUUCCGAGGAGGUUAUAUCCCAGCGAAGUGGCAUGAGAACAGGCGACGUUUAGCAACAUUAUCCUCCAAACGCAUUUCACGUCUUUUCCAGAAACCAGCGGCAGGAUGAAAGCCAAUAAAGGCACUAAGGAGAAAAGCGAAACAUGUGGAACCAUCUGCCUGAAGUAUCUCCUGUUCGCCUUCAACUUCCUGUUUUGGCUGGCAGGCGGCGGCGUGAUGGCGGUGGGUGUUUGGACCCUGGUCGAGAAGAGCGACUACAUCAGCCUUCUCCCCUCUAAGACCUACGCUGCCACCGCCUACAUACUGGUCCUGGCUGGAGCCAUCGUCAUGGUAACAGGCGUGCUGGGCUGCUGCGCCACCUUCAAGGAGCAGAAAAGGCUGCUGCGAGUGUACUUUGUCCUGCUGCUGUGUAUCUUCCUGUUGGAGAUCCUGGCCGGCGUCCUGGCUUAUAUCUACUACCAGCAGCUGAAUGAGGAGCUGAAGCAGAGCCUGAGAGAGACCAUGAUCAAUAAGUACCAACAGGCCGACAAUGAACACAUCACCGAGGCUGUGGACAAGCUGCAGCAGGAGUUCAAGUGCUGCGGGAGCAACAGCUCGUCCGACUGGGCCGAGAACGUCUGGAUUCGCUCCAAAGCAGCGAAUGGCAGGAAGGUUCCCGACAGCUGCUGCAAAACUCCGUCCGAUUCCUGCGGGACCAGAGACCACCCUUCUAACAUCUACAAGGUGGAGGGCGGCUGCAUCACUAAACUGGAGAAAUUCAUCCUGGACCAUCUGAAGAUUAUCGGAGCUGUGGGCGUCGGGAUCGCUUGUGUACAGGUCGUAGGGAUGGUGUUUACGUGCUGCCUGUACCGAAGUCUAAAGGCAGAGCCGUACUAAGAAGAGGAAGCAGAAGAAAAGUGUGUGGUUUGAAGGAGGUAACUUCAUCACCACAUGCCAAAAAAUCAAAUAACCCAUAGGUUCCUUCUUUUUUUUUUUUUUUUUUCCGCCAAAACUUGGCAAGAGAUCAAGGGUGGAAUAACACUACAGGAUUUCUGGAGGUAAUUAGGCAUUCAAGAUCACAGCUCUGAUGAGAAUUUACGCACCUUGAGUAAAUUUAGUGUGGGACGGCGGCCUCCACCGGGACUGAAGCCGCUGUAGUUUUCUUCCACCCUGCUUCCCUUCAUGUAUUUUUUAUACACCCGAGAGUGGCGUAAAAACCAGCGUAGUAAAAAAACGCUCCUUUUAGAGAAAAUCUAAAUCCUGAUCACCGCAGCUUCUCGGUUUCCGCACUAACGAGACGAUCAUGCCUUUCGUUUGAUAGUGGCCUUUUCAAACUUUUCGACUGUUAUUUUUUUUUUAAAGAUUUUGUACAUAAUUAUUUUCUAUGACUCUGGGGGCACUUUCUUAUGAGCUGUAGUUGUUUUUCCCCUUUAUCGCCUGACGUGUCUUCGGUGAUUUGCUUAAACACCUGUUAGGAACACGUUAACCUCCCGAGCGAAGGUUCACACGUUAGUGCCUUGCUCAACGGCCUUAGUGCGCCGCUGUUUUUAAUAAAUUCUGUGUGACCACUCUAAAGUGCAAAGGCUGGUGUUAAUGAAGUGGUUUUGUGUUAACGGUGCAUACGAGCAUUAGUGCCACUAAUACCGCUCAUGAGAGAGUGCCUCCUCUUUUUGAUUUUACCUUCUUCUUCUUCUUUUAUUUUUUAUACACUGAUGCCAAAGUUGUAAACUGUAACAAUGGACCUACUGUAUCUCCUCCAGUCUUACUCGCAUAUCUGCUGUAUGUUUUCUUAAAUGAAGUUUUUGUUUACUUUUCUAGACCAUGAAUAUAUUGUUAUUGUAUUUAACACAUACGUAGCGGAAAAUGAUAGGUCCUCGCUGUAAGUGAUCUCUGCCUGUGCGCCUAAGACACGACACUAAAUCAAUCUGCUGUAUUUCUGUCUUCGUGCUAAUCCAGGAAUUGUUGUCGUUUGAAUAAACACAGAUCAGCUCCA